AUGCAACCAACUACCGUACAAGCUACCAAGAAAGACAACUCUGAAAAAAAAGAUAAUUACAUGAUAGGCCCAUAUUAUUGUCCAAUCUGUGUCAUCUCCUGA